AUGGCUCUUGAAGAACUGUAUAUGAAAUUAUCAAUAGAAGAUGAAGAACAAGGUGUGGAACUGCAAGAAGAGGUUGAACGCCCUUAUGGCCCUUUCCUCCGAGCUCCAUCUCGAAAUAUUCCUGGCCUCACCGACGAGAGGUGGCUCCCAGGUUCGCUACUGGAAAGGUCAGAUUCUAAAAAUGGAAAGAGCGGAGCCUACAACGUGGAGGAGGAACUUUCCAUGCAAGGUGGCAGAAAUCAAUCUUCAGCUAAUAAAGGAAAAGGCGUGACUCAAGGGCUAAUUCCAAUCAAUCCUAUCCCUCAUGCCUUGCCACCUUUGAUGCCUAAUAUGAAGGAAAAUCCAUUAUUUAAGGAAGGACCGGCUGGUGAUUCUCAAAACCAAGAAAGUAACGACAAUCUGGGCAUUACCAUAAUGGAUCAAAAGAGACGAAGGAUGGACACCUUCCCGGGUGUGAACCUGAACAACCUGGCUAUUGACUACGAUCCUAUGCACGAGGACCCAAAAAACGGAGCAACGCGUCUCAAAGAUAAAGAUGGCAACUUGUACUCGGAUAAAAUGGCUAUUCAAGGGAUUAUUUCUGAAUACUUUCAUGAUAUCUUCAAAUCAUCAGUUCAAAGUGAUCAGCCAGGUGAGAACAGUUGGGAUUAUAACCUUCUUGCUGAUCUUUUCAACGAGGUAGAUCGUGGCCAGAUCACGAAAAUCCCCUUAACAGCACAUGGGAGAGAAGAUCGAAUGUACUGGAUUCAUGACAAAAAGGGCGUUUACACAGUCAGAAGUGGAUAUAAGUUGCUGAUGGGGAAUUCUUUCAUACAUUCUCAUACUGCCAUAGAGAGCUUUUGGAAUAAAUUUUGGAGAUAUAAAAUUCCAGCGAAGGUUCGAAAUUUACUCUGGAGGGCAUUACGAAAUGUUCUUCCAACAGUUGAUCAGCUGAGGGCUAAAUUUGUUUGA